AUGGGCAUUGAAUAUCUAAGUAAAAACCUAGGCCUCGGCAAUUUCCUGAUGCUGUGGUGUCCCAAUAAUCCAGGAUCGCCUCAAGUGACAGCAUAUUACCGUCUCGGGCCUGAUUGUGUCGACACCGCAAAAGCUUUGCUUGUCAAUCAUGUUUAUCAUUAUGAGCAGCAUUUCAAUUCAAAAAAACCGUACUUCGCUGAGAUCUUGCCAUAUCUGAUGAGAGGGCGCUACUUCAACGGGCCAAAGUCAGUUGGCAUGAAAUUUUCGGACCGUUUUGAGGAGAUCGCGAGCAACAAGGCCCAACGGCCCGAGGUGACGAUUCCAAUGGUGGCCUUAACCAGUACUUCGGUAUAUUUCUUGAUCCAGUCCAAGGUAUAUGCUGCGCUUCUGUGGAAGGCCAAUGGAUCUCCAUCCAAGUUCAAUUUUACAGGCAAUUUAUUCAGCGAGGUCUACUUUUUUCAUGUGAAACUUCUCGAGAAAAUGAAGGGGGCCGCACCAGGCAAGUUUCAUAAAAUGAUGGCCAAUAUUUUUGAUGCUAUCCACAACGCUGCUCUCGUCGGGUCACACGACUCCGCAAUGGCAUUCCUCGAUCUUGAUGGUAUGGAUGACGAAGAGUAG